CUCCACUUCCGCGCUUCAAAAAAAUACAAGAGGCGGAAAAAAACGAAAAGAAGAAGAAGAAGAAGAAGAAGACAUUGUUGUUCAGUUAUUCCUCUUUUACUCGAACGGGACAACGUCAGGUGAGAAAUCGGCGAAAAGACGAGACGACAUUGAACGCAUCGCUGCACUUCCUUCUCGUUCAGUUGAACGUCACCGGAGAGUCGGGAUGCUUUGGACGGUGCUGGUGUUGGCAUCGGGGCUCCUUGCGGCCACUGUCGCCUUGGACAACGGCCUGAUGCGGACCCCUCCCAUGGGCUGGUUGGCGUGGGAACGCUUCCGCUGCGACAUAGACUGUGAGCGUGACCCCAAAAACUGCAUCAGCGAGAAACUGUUCACCGACAUGGCCGACAGGCUGGCGGAGGACGGCUGGAGGGAGCUGGGCUACGUCUACGUCAACAUCGACGACUGCUGGGCGUCCAUGCAAAGGGAUGAGCGGGGGCGGCUCCAGGCGGACCCCGAGAGGUUCCCAGGAGGAAUCCGCCGGCUGUCGCGCUACAUGCACGACCGGGGGCUCAAGUUGGGCAUCUACGGCGACUUGGGGACACACACCUGCGGGGGCUACCCGGGCACGCCGCUGGAGAAGAUUGAGGUGGAUGCUCAGACCUUCGCCGACUGGGAGGUGGAUAUGUUAAAGUUCGACGGUUGCUAUUCCAACGCCACAGAGCAGGAGCGUGGCUAUCCUCGCAUGUCCAAGGCUCUAAAUGCGACGGGCCGUCCUAUUGGCUACUCCUGCAGCUGGCCCGCCUACCAAGGUGGUCUGCCGCCUAAGGUGAAUUACGGUCUUUUGGCCAAGAUCUGUAACCUGUGGCGUAACUACGGCGACAUCCAGGACUCGUGGGAGAGCAUGCUCAACAUUGUGGAUUGGUUUUUCGAGAAUCAGGAGGUCCUGAUCGCUGCAGCCGGGCCCGGGAGGUGGAAUGACCCCGAUAUGCUGAUCAUUGGUGACUUUGGCCUCAGCAUGGAGCAGUCACGGUCACAGAUGGCUCUCUGGGCCAUCAUGGCCGCCCCUCUCUUCAUGUCCAAUGAUCUCCGCACCAUUGGAAGCGGGGCUCGCAGCAUCCUGCAGAACAAAAUGGCCAUCAGCAUCAACCAGGACGGUCUGGGCCUUCAGGGAAGACGGAUUCUGAAGGAGAAGAGUGGGAUUGAGGUGUUUUGGCGGCCCCUGUCAAACGAGGCCAGUACCCUGGUGUUUUUCAGUCGACGUAAUGACAUGCCGUACCGCUACCAAACGUCCCUCAGCAAGCUGAACUACACCACGGGCAGCUACAAGGUAAAAGACGUCUUCUCUGGGAAAACCGUGACGCUCAAAGACUCGAGCAGCUUUGUGGUGUCUGUGAACCCCACGGGCGUAGUCAUGUGGUACGUCUCGGCACCGGCCAAACCGAAACCCCUCUUCCGCCAGUUCUCUCGAGAAGGCCGACCCAGAGUACUCACCCCGGGUGACCUCGCCAAUGCCAUCCCGCCUGUCUUCCUGUGACCUCCCCUAGCUUUGACUGACAAGACAUCAGCCCACCUGGUAAAGAAAGGUCUCCAUUACCUGAAGUGUAUUCUGAAGACUGAAGUAAACUCAGGGACAGACGUUUUUGAAUCUCUAUGUGAUCGGCGUCCAACUUCUGCACAUUUAUUGCCGGUUUCUGUAAGGGGGGAAAAAAUAUAUAUUUUUUUCGCUGUUGAUCCUUCAUGUAAGAGUAUUUGCAAUUGAAUGUGCAUUUAUUUUUUGGGGGGUAAUGGGAUAGUGUUCCAUUAAAAGUGACAACGUCAAAAGAAUGAUAAAUGACAGCGCUGCACUGUAGUUGGUUAUAGAGUUUAUUGCUUCAUAUAAAUGUUUUGCUUAUCAAAGUUGGCAGUAACAGGUUUUGCUCUGACCAACCAAUCAGAGGAUGGAAAAAUAGUCAUGUCAUCAGGACGAAUUUGAAAUAUGAUUGGUUAAAGAAGCAGUCCUAUUGUUGAUUUCGUUUAAAUUUCACCAGCGACGCUACUGAUUUUGAAGCCCCCGGCCGGGCAUGUUAGAUUGCCAUGGCAACACAUAGAGGCGGAAAUCUGAUGGCAGAACUAUUUCAUGGAACAAAUACUAGAAUUUAGGGUUUAAGUGUAGGUUAGUGCACACUUUGAUUGCACAGUCACACCAUAUUAUGUAAUGCUGCAAGUAGAGAAUAA